CGUGUACUCGUUGUGUGUCAUUGUUAUUUUUAUCUCGAUUUUUGGGGGAAACUGUCACGUGUUCCGUGUAAAUUGGCGGCUUUUCCACGAGCUCUGCGAGCUGCAUUUUAGACAACAAGCUAACAUUAGCUGCAAAUGUUAGCUGCUGUGUUGAGAGUGUCACAGCAAAGUCAGCUUCAGAGCUGAGUUAAUUAGUGCAGUUAUUCCAGUUUAUCCUCCUAAGUCAUGGAUUUACGUGACGUUGGCCGUCACAGUGAACGUGUUUUCAUAACGUGUAGUGAAAUAUAGUCACGCUGGUUCUGUCUGCGCGUGUUUUCUUUUAGUUUUCUAUUCUAAGGCCACAAGGAGGCGCACAAGACACGGAGAAACAACCUGCUCCCAUAGCCUUCUCCCCAGUGAUGGCUGCCUCGGGGAAGCUGGCGUCCUUCCGCCUGCCUCCCCUGCCGACUGUAGGUGAGCUCAUAAAGCUGUACAACCUGCGAGCAGAGAAACAGCUGUCCCAGAACUUUCUGCUGGACCUGAGGCUCACAGACAAAAUAGUGCGCCAGGCGGGCAGCUUGAGAGAUGCCCACGUGUGUGAGGUGGGUCCGGGUCCCGGGGGCCUCACCCGCUCCAUCCUCAAUGCUGGGGCCGCAGACCUGCUUGUGGUGGAGAAAGACACACGCUUCAUCCCCGGACUGAAGCUGUUGUCUGAGGCAGCACCGGGCAGGCUGAGGAUCGUCCACGGUGACAUACUCACCUACAGACUGGAUCGAGGAUUCCCAACAAAUAUCUCUAAGCCAUGGGAGGGAGACCCUCCAAACCUUCACAUCAUAGGAAAUCUCCCAUUCAGCGUCUCCACCCCCCUGAUCAUCAAGUGGCUGGAAAACGUAGCGAACAGAACGGGGCCCUUCACGUUUGGACGCACCCGACUCACGCUCACUUUCCAGAAAGAGGUGGCAGAGAGGUUGACGGCCAGCACAGGCAGCAAACAGAGGAGUCGUCUUUCCAUCAUGGCUCAGUAUCUCUGCACUGUCCACAACUGCUUCACCAUCCCCGGACGGGCCUUCGUCCCCAAACCAGAGGUUGACGUGGGAGUAGUUCACUUCACCCCCUUGGUUCAGCCCCAGAUCCAGCAGCCCUUUCAGCUGGUGGAGAAAGUCGUCAGGAACGUUUUCCAAUUCCGUAGGAAGCACUGCCAUAAAGGAGUCGAGAAGUUGUUCCCUGAGGCGUGUCGUGUUGAGCUGACACAGGAGAUGAUGCAGAAGGCAGACGUGGACCCCAUCCUGCGCCCCACAGAACUCACCAUACCCCAGUUCAGGGCGUUAGCGGAUGCCUACGCUCAUCUCUGCGAGCACGAGCCCGCUCUCCUCGCCUACGAGUUCAGAGAGGAGCUCAGACUGAAGCACGUUGCCAGAAAAAGCAACACAGCAUCAUCGCCUGCAUUUAUGGACGCACCGAGCGGCGUGGCAGAGAGUCCUCUGCAACCCCGCUGAAAAAAUAAAAAGCAUGGACACCAAGAGAAGGGGACUAAUAGCUUCUGUUAGCACAGGGAGACAACAGUCUGCUCUUAGCUUUGACAUUUCCACCUGGCAUAACCAUGCAUUUUUAAAGCAUUUCCCCCGCAUGCACACGGCAAUUUGGUAUACAGGAAAUACUGGGACUCACACACAGUAUCCACACAGGCUUUGGCUCAGCCCCAAAACCAUUUCCUGGGAUGCAACAGCUACCAGCAAGUCAUGUGUUUUGGGGAGGAUGAAGAAAGUGGGCUAGUUCGUUCCCACAGAAGCUUUUUAAGAGAAAGCAUCUCUUUAUGUCCCAGUUCUUACUUCUUAUCCAUCUCACAUAACACCUCAUCCUGUGGGACUGAAAGUAUCAUCAGAGUGUUUUCAGGGUGAUUUAGACGAGGAGAACAUGGCAGCUCCACAUUCAGGCCACUUUUAUUCCUUCCAGUGUGUAUUGCUUAGUCUCUGGGGAGACGGCGCUUAAAGGGACAAAGAGAGUGCUGUGAAUUUGUCAGCUCGAGAAAGACUCGUCAUACAAAAGGAAGAUGGCUGCAAUUAAAAUAUUUUUUUGUUCACAACACUUUGUUGCGUUCUGUGGGCUAAUAUUUGGGUAAGAUGUGUUUGUAGUAUAACUGGAAAAUGUGGCAAAAUAAUAAAAUCUCACAAGUGACUGUUGUUUAAUUUUAGCUCAGAAAACUAAAUGUAUAGCACCGUGUGCAGUUUUUCUCAGUGAAGGCAUUGUAGUUUUUAAUAUUCCUCUUUGAGCAGACUGUCACCAGCAGAACAUGGCAGCGCUGCUUCCUGCCAGUAUGGCAGAUGGUGUGCUAGGGCUGAGCUGCCAGAGUUAGAAUUCACUCAGUUCUGAUGAUAGGUGGGUGAUAAUCGACAGCCACAAUGAACAAUCCGCAUGUCGUGCAGGAGUGAUGUGAUGUGCGCCGUUCAGUCUGCUCAGUCACCCCAAAAUAAACUGCUCUUAUGAUAAGCUUUUAUUUUGGUAGAUGACGGCAUAUGGAGGAGGACUGAAGGGUGAGCAAUUGCAUCACGCAGAGGAGGAUAAUUAGCCACUAACGAGAUGCAAGGCUGUGGUCGUAGAGGCUUUUGUUUGGUUUGUCUGAUACCUUUGAGCAUUAGUGUACGCAUCAUAUCUCACAGUAAAUUAUACUCUGAAUAAUGUACAGAAGCGGCCAAUCGGGCGCUGUGUCCACCACAGCUGUGUGAAGACCGUCAUCCUGCAGCUACAGAAUCGAAAUAAAAGCCUGUUGCCUGGCAAGCUUUGCCGAAUCACCAGUGUCUGCCUGAGAAACUCAACUCAGUGUCCUGUGGAUUUCACCGCCUCUUAACAUUUGGGAGUGACAGACGAGGACAUUCUUCCCAUUUCUUCGUGGAAAAGGUCAAGAACCGAAUAAAAACUGCCAAUCAGCAGCAGCUGCGGGGCAAACUUGAAUGGAAUGCGUCGCGCUGAUGGUUUGUGGGGAGGAGGCAGACACAAUCAGUGCUUGGCAGAUCCAUUGCAGUCAUUAUCACUGGGACAGAAAUCACUGCGCUUUGCCUCUCUAGGGGAAGAAA